UUUUUUUUUCUUUAUCAUAGCUUGCAGUGCCAGAUGGGGAAUCCUCGCAUGUCAACUCCAAGCCUGACAGGUCUGGAAAUAUCCUUCAAGGCCUCAUAAAACAUUAAAGAUGUUUGUGCAUCUGUUAUUUGCUCAUGCUGCUAUGUAUGCCAGUCACAAUAUCACAAUUUUGUCAUUCACAUCAAUGGCAGCUUUCUGUUACUGCGGGGUUUGUAUUUGCCUUGUACCAUUCAGGUUUUAAUUAAGCAAUCCCAUUCCUGGGCCUCAGAUGGGUCUCGGAUCUCCAACAAUUGAGGCCAUGGGCACAAGGCAACGCUGCACAGAGCUUUGAUGCCUUUAUCUUGUAACAGCACAUUUGCAAUCUCAUCAUUUCAUUUAUCACCAUAAACACUUAUUUAAAACCAUGAUGGCAAUUAGAAGGUAUUAUCCUAUUAAGCUGUAUGUCAGUUUUUAAAGGAACGAUCUCAUUUUGCUGAAAUACGUUGUCUGUUGCAGCGUUUCAGUUCGAUGUGAAAACACAUCAGUCUGAAGGUUUCAUGAUAACGCGGAAUUUUAGAAACGUGAAGCUAGGUGUCCCGGUGAAAUCGUCUUACGGCAAUGCAGCAGAAGUGACAUCAGGCUCUUCGCAGGUAUGUUGUGUCAUAUUGUUUCUUGAGCUAUGUUGAAACAUGAAAAAAGCUCGCUGCAAACAGGGUAAUACUGGAAGCCACUUGUCAACGUGGUUCUCGCAGGGCGGGAAGACGAACGGCGUGAAGUGAGUUACCGACGUGGCGGAAGGGUUAUAACCGGCCACGAAUAGACACGUCAGGUGGAAACUUCAGGUUGCAAAAGGAGGGGGAUCGUUGCAGAGCUUUCUAACAGCGCAAACGCCACACAGACGGUGGGAAGGCCGCAGACCCCUCUCCCCUCACGGAUGCCCCCCUGGUUUAAGAGCAGCCGCUGCCGCCCCGGCACCCAGCAAACGCCAGGUGGUCCCAGGCUCCGACAGGCUCUUCGGCGAGCCCCCGCACAGCAGCUCCGUGCCUUCGUUUCCCUGUUUGCACGUUGUUUCCUUGGCCAUGGAAGCCCAGGACUGCCGCGACACCGCUCACCCCCGCCGCUGCAGGACCGGCCCCUCAGCCCCGCGGCGCGCGUGAAAUGGCGGCCACAGCCGCGAGCAGUGAAUUGCAGCAGAACUUCUCUGGCCUUUCCCAGGUCAGUGCAGGAAAAGGCAGAAAUCACCGUGCUGAGGUUUGAAGCAGAGCAAGCCUCUUCGGUCAAUGAGUUCGUUUAGGCGUUCAAAUAUGGAUUUCGGGAGAUGGGAUAAGGAAAAGAAAACCCAAUUCUGGAGCUUCCUCUGCCACACAAGAGUUUAACGGAACUUAAAUUUUGCUGCUGAAUCUUCCCCCUCAGUACUACAUGAGCUCAGGUUUGCAAGCGCAGCUGUGAGGAGCGUCAAAGCAAACCAACGGAGGUGAUGGUCCUUGCAAUAGGCGGUAGAUCUGUGGGAGUCUUGUUCAAGGAUGCUGUGGCUGCAGAAAGGCACCGCCAGAGACACACUGCUGUGCUGGAUAGACCUGAACGUGCCUAUUGCCAGACAGUACCUUUUGGAUAGACUUCACGCAGUUGCUUUAUCACUACUGCAGGAUUUUCUUCUCUGCGUGGGUUUAUUUUGCUCAAGUUGUCUCUGCCUUCUGCGUAAGCUGGUCUAGACUCCCUCUGUAGGCAACAGCAAGCAAUAGCCAGGCUGCGUUGCCUUUCGGAGAUGCCUAAUGCUCUCUGGCCACUGAGAACAGACAGAUUUUCUUGAUGACUUGUAAGUCCUCUGGCUGGUGGCUGACAGCCGUUCAGGGUGCCGGGGCUUUGGGUUUGAUCUGCCGCUGGUGCGAAGCCUGCAGCCCCUGGGCAGCUGUCAGGAUAACUGAAGGGCUAAAGAACUUGUUGCAUGUUGUACUGAUGCAAUGCCUCCAUUUCUUGAGGGACGUACUUUUUUGCCCUAAUACAAUUUGUUUCAGUCCUUAACGAGUAUCUCGGUGUAUUGCCGUUAAUGAAUCCGCUUUGACUUCCUAGUGAAUUUCAGAGAAAUGCUUCUAGACUUCAGCAUGUUAUCUGCUGCUUUUGAACGGUAAGACAUGUUUCUUAUUUAACAGCAUUCCAGAUCUAGGUAUUUCUAGAGAGUCAAAAUAAACAAAUCUCACUCUUUUUGGGGUUUUUUCCCCCUCCAUUGCAAGAAUAUAUUUUGAAUAUAUCAAUAUCUGUCAUACUAGCAAGAACAUUGGAUUUUGUGUGUUUUAAUGAGGUCUUGUAUCUUGCUUUGGAAAUUUGCAACAUACUCUAAUUUUGGGGUGACUCAAACUGAGCACCAUGUGGAAUUGGAACGAGACCUCUCACGGGAAUGAAUUAAAACUGCCUUGUCCAGAGUUGUCAGUGGUUCCUGCUUUCCCCUGCACCUCCAGCUGAGCUCUCCUAGGGUAAGCACAAUUAGCCUGCUUCCUGCUCCCCAGUCAUGCCCUGCCGAUACCACGAAAAUGCCAUUAGGUAUUUUUUCUAAAAACAGUCUCAUUAUCCACUAUUGGAAGCAGACAUCAAGAAAUUAAAUCUGUGAAUUGUCUGCUAUCUGCCAUGUCAGUCAAUUAAAAGCAACUAUUUUUUUUACUAUGGUAAAACUUGUUAAUAUUUUUGGUUUUCUGCUGGAAUUCUGUAUACAGGAUAGUUACGGUUAUGAACAACAAACAUCUGCAAGCAACUGAGGGUGAGCGGUACCACCAACUGCAGCAUGCUGCCAGGGGUUCCUCCUGCCCACCAAGCAAGUGCUGCUGGAAGCCAGCAUCCGUGUCUUCUGUAGGCAUAUGUUUUAUUUCAAAAUUCUCGCAGUACGGGUAGUUGGUUCUCAAAUAAGACACUUAAAAAACCCCUAAGGCUGCUGCUUCCUGUUGCCACGGAAGGAGAUGAGCUUCCUGCUUAGAAUCUCUUGCUGGGGAAGCCUCUCUCUCUGCUAAGAGAAAGAGAAUAGUUUCUUCAGUACAAAAUGGCUAUUGUGAAUUGUCCCUUCUUGCUCAAAUAUCUGUUUCAUGUCAGGCAUUCAGUUCUUAUAAAUAGGUUGUAUUUAAUGCAUGUUCUGAAACUGUGGAAAUAAGAAACAGGGGAAAUUAUUUUCGCUUCUUUCUUUUGUGUCUUUGUAACUAAAAAACAUAACGCUAUACUUCAAAUCCUGUUUGGAGACACGAUUAUGAAGUAACUUGAAUACGUAAGCAAUAUUUUUCCAUACCUAUUUGAGAGAACAUGAUGAUAUGAAAUGUGGAUUAUAAAUAUGCUUCAUUAAUUCUGUGAAACUAUGCUAGAAACAGUGAUAUUUCUGUAGCACUGAAUUUGAGAAAGCUGAAAUGAAACUGUCACAGAACUAAUAUUUCACCUUUUUAAUGGGUGGUGUAGAUUAGCUUACUACAUUAUUGAUUUUUUUGCGGGGGGGGAGAGGGUGCAGGGGAGAAGGUUUAAAUAGGUACACUGUUUGAAAGGUUCUAAAAAUAUGUUCCUCGAGCUCCUGGACAUGCAUGUAUAUUGAAAAACACAGGAUAGUGAGCAGUAUAUUUAUAACUAAAAUUGCUGGAUAACCUUGUCUUGUUGAGGAAGCAAGAAGUGCUAAAAACUGACUCACUUUUUGUUAACCCUUGUUUUUUUCUUCUGAUAUUUAUUUUAGUAAUGAGAAAAGCUUUCUUCUCCAGAUAGAAUGUAAACAUUUUGAUGAUAAAAGCAGCUUUCUCUGCUUACUGGAAUGAAUAUAUGUCACUUCAAACUUUUCACUUACAUAGCUUUGUAUUUCUUCACCUGAAUUCUUAUGAUUUUUUUUUUAAGAUAACUUCCUUCUAUUUUAAGAAGAAAUUUUUACCGAUGUGCUGAACAUCUCUUUCCUAACUUAAUUUAUAUGAAAGUUUUGGAAUACAUCUUCUGGGGUGCCUUCUGCCCUGCAACUGGUUAUUGGUACGUCCAUUAACGCCUGGGGUUGGGGCAGCAGCCCCAUGGAGGAGGAUGUGGAACCCACCCAACUGCGAAUUCCACUCGGAGAAACACAACUUGAGGGGGGAUUUUCCCCCUUACCUGUGUUACUUUCUCAGUUUGCUGCCUGAACCACAGCUUGCUUGCUACGGUGGAAGAAAAGAGAGAUCUGUUACUGACAGUGAUGUUUGCUGAAUUACCACAUCUAAAACUCCUACAGAUUUUCUCAGAAGCAAGCGUGUGAUACGCCUGUAACUGCCUGGCCUCUUUGAACUUCUGUCUACGUUAGUUAUGAUUCUUAGUCAGUGCCUUACUGAAAACUUAAAUGAGUUGGGGCAAAACUGUCCUUAGUGCCUCAUAUUUUAUGAGGUGACAUGCAUCUGACCAAGUGCAUGUGCCUACAGUAUUGUCAGGUGCAUCUAAACCAGCUACGUUAGGGAUGCUCUACCGUCAACAAAAAGCUAAGCACGUAGAUAACGUUUGUAAGUCUUGUGGCCAAGACUGGACUGAUUGUACAAGGGGUCUAAAAUGAGUAGGUUGUGUGUGAGCGCUGACGGUAGUGCGAGGCAUAAAGGAGAAAUUCAUCAAACUGUUAGUGCUUGCGAGCUUUUUGUACGUUGAAGUUUGAAUGUGACUCCAAAGGGAGGUUUUUUGGGUUUAAUCUGAGUGUUUCAGGAAAUUUUCCAUUUAUUUUCAGAGGACGUUUAGUAUUUUAGUAGAAAAACAGUACCAUCAUUGAAAGAGAAAUGAAUGUGUUGCCCUGUUUGAUGGCAGACUUACCGGGAGCGCUUAAAAUGACAAAAGCACCAAAAGAAAGACGUUGUUCAGAAGACAGGAAACCAAGGAAACAGGAGCCCCGCAGGAUUCACAACCAGCUUCAGUGUGAGCUCUGUGGUGUCUCUCGCACACGAGCAAGUGCGCGUGCGGCACGUAUCCGGGGAGCCGUUGGAAGGUGGGAUGGUUUUGUAGAGUUAUGAACAUGACAGAGCUUGCUUAUGUUCUAGAAGUGUGUACAGCAAGUAAAAGAUCUUUCUGACCCGUUUCUGAAAGAAAAGUUGUGAUAGAAAUAUAUGCUUUAAGUCAGUUCACCGCAGUGAACGAGCUCUGGGGAUAACCAGAUGUGAUCCGAGCAGAAGUCUGUUGCUCGGCUUUACCAAAUGUCCCUCUUCUGAAAUCAUGGUCUAUGCUGAGAAACCUAAGCAUUUAAAAAAUGAUUUAUAUAACGUUUUUCUCUAAAUUCAUGUUGAAGUUAUGUUACAGUUAACAGGGAAAUAAUCGCUUCAGAAAAAACCUGACUACCACAACAUAGCAGAAUCAAAUCUCGAGUGCCUUUCUUGAAAUGUUCCUGAGAAUUAUUCCACAACUGAACUUGGUGUUGACUGUUCAAGCCAAUAUCUCUAAAAACCUUUUGCUCCAAGUGUUCGGUUAUCUUUGGACAUAGUCCUUUAAGUCUUAUCUAAGUUAUGGCUUUGAAAAUAGCUGACCACAAGAAUUGUCGAGUUUUUUGUUUGGCCUGGGCAGAAGAUUGCGUACUUCUAAGAUUCUUGUGUGGUCAUUGGGUUCUUUUCUAAUGUCCGCUUUUAUACCAGAGCAGUGCCAGUAUUUACUGCUUCCUUUUAAAGAAGCUGAUACAAGUCCAUCUUGUGUGAUCAGCUAUGCAUCUGAAGUUGGUCUGCACUGUUCUCUGUAGUUUGUUGAGCCUAGAAGCUGUUGCGUGAAGAGAAGGUUAGAAGGAGCUGAGUUCUGAGAACUGCUCGCAGAGAAGGGAUGCUGAGGAUGAAGAGGAGGAGGAGCUGUGAGCUAUAACCUGUUCAGAAAUGUUCUGCAAUAUUGACGGCACCGGUGUCUGGUGUGUUCGUCGUAGAGAUGUUCAUGUCAGCUUGUGAUAAACAGCUUAAAAUCUUUCAGGUCUAACCAUAGUUUUGCAGUUGAUAUAAUAACCAUCAUCAAAGAAAUGAUUACAGUUAAAUUCGUGUUCGCAGAGCAGACAGAUUCUAGGAGAGUCUCAAAUUGCCUUUUCUUUUGAAAGAUUUCUUGCUGUUGGAAGAACUUCCCUGGCUUUGCAGUGAUCGUAUCUUUGCAGAGAGUAACCUUUUAAUGUUACCCGUUGGACAUUGCGGCAGUCUGAAUGCGAGACAGUCAAGCAGAAGCUUUUGUUUAAUAAAGCAAAACAUUUAGCAUAGGGAUUGGUUCUGUGUUGCGUUAGAGGUGCAAAUCUCAGUAAUAAAUUUAAUCCACUACUGUCAGCUGCUCUAAUAAUUGCUAUAAUGACAAGGAAUAGAACAAAUUGGGGAAGAUUUUAUGGUGACAAACAACUGACAAUAGUAUGAAGGAUUUUUAACUUUAGUGCUAUUAAGGAUGUCUUCCUAAAUAGUAAAGAAUUGGGCUACUAAUCCAGUUUUAUUCAUUCAUAGACUCAGAAAAAUACAGGGAACAAGCAACAAGCUUGUGGAAGAGAAGGUGAUGAAACCAGAAGCAGAGCUACAACUAUCUCUGAAAAUAUACCUGGAGGGCUGCUGGAUGUACAACCAGUUUUCCAUGACCACGUUUAUGUUUUAUCACAAGAUAAAUUGCAGUGUGAAGCUUUUGAUUUCAGACAUACUAAUCAUGACUUUUAACAUAUUUUCAACAAUACUUGAUCUAGCUGUUGAACUUACUCCAUGCUGUUUUAUUUCAUCCCUAAUUACCUCACUCUGAUUUUUUCAAAAAUACAUUUUUGGGCUUACAUGCAAGGUUUUGCAUUAGUCUGGCUUUUUUUUUUUUUGUGGGUAAAUACUGUUUUCAAUGCUGUUCAAGGUGAUGAAACAUUUAGAUUGUUUCCAUUGUUGUUAUUUCUUGAAUUCCUGAAAAUGUUGCUUUGCUUUUAGGUAUGAAAUUGUACAUUAAGAUUUGAAAUCUAAAUUAAAUCUUCAGGUAUAGCACUUCCAGUGAGAUCAGGUUUUGUUCUUCCCAUUCUCACUAUAAGCAAAAGCAAGUAAAAAGAAAGGAGAAAAAAAAAACGGGGGAGAAAAAAAUGCAAGUGUAAGAAUUAUUUAUGCCUAGAAAAAGCCCAUGACGACAUGGGCAGGUGGUUGAAUACCGGGGAGUAGGUGGGUGCUGCAGGAAGUGGCAAAGAUCUUCAAGGGAACGUAGUUGGGUGCACUAUGGACUCAAAAAAAAAAAAAAAAAAAAAAACCAAACAAAAACCUGCUGCAGAAACACCUAGAAGAUGAUUGCUAUUUCUUAUGAGCUUUAAAAUGAAGUCAUAUCCAUUACUAUGACAAAUACUGUCUUGUCACUGCAUGGGAAUGAAUCAUGUUCUAGUUAAAUUUCUACGGCGGGUUUUCAGUUGUGUCUUUCUAGAGGCCUUUGCAGCUUAAAUGGAUGUUGCGUUUCCUUCCUGCCUUACAUAGCAUUGCAGCAUUGCUGUGAGCUUUUCAAAUUACUCAGUGAGUUGGCAAAAUUUUAACAAGGAAUAAGUACGUGCAUCUUGUGAGAGUAUAUUCUGGUGAGAAGUUCCUAAAAGCAAAACGGUUGUUACUGUCGUGGGUAGUUAUCCUCAACGUGGUUUGUCUUCGAUUGGAAACGGUGAAGGAAAAAUUAUUGGAUUUAAUAACUGUUCUGAGCACAGUUUCAAUGGUUUGGUCUCUAGCAGUCACAGAGUAGUGCUAGAAUCCUACCACCGAGAAAAAAUACGUGAUAGGAGAUGGGGAAAAAGGUUCUUCUACUCUUGCGUAGGCCUAUAGAAUUGCAGUAGGUGAGGGAUGGAAAAAUGCCAGUAAAUAACAGAAACAUCCAUGGAAACCCCCAAAGACUUAGUCUAAAUGACAGAAGUGAUAUAUUCUGCUCGUCUGUGUGCUUUCGAGGGAGAAUUCCUUGUAUAAUUACUGCAGUUAAGAAGACUACCAGGCGGCUGUAAAAUCCUGCGUGGACUCGGUUGUCUCGGAUCUUUAACGUUUUUAGAAAGAAGCUCUGACCUGAGCGAUUCGUUCACUUGACAUUCAUCCCUGGAAGCUCAGCUUGUUGUCAAGGGCUUGUUCUGUCUGUGGUGGUGUGCGUCUGCUCCGGGGGUGAAGUAGCAAAGAUAAUUUUUUCCUUGGCUAUUUCUAUGAUAAAAAUUAUGACAGGAGUUGAUGUGUUCCUGGUGGCUUUACCAGCCUGUGACAAUGCAAUCUAGAAACUAAUUUCAAAGUGCUAAAAAAACCCAAGGCAGAGUCCCAAGGAUGGGCACAUGUCUAGAGAAACAGCAAGGCUUGGUUAAAGGGAAAGCAUGUUUUGUUUGCUUUUUACUUCUAACAUGUCACUUUUAUCGUCUCCGUAGGCGAUAGCACUUUUUGUAGGAAAGACUUUAAGCAGGCCUGUUAAAUCCUGGCGGUGGCUUCUCGAAGGCAUCCUGCCAGGAACGCCGUGGCGGUGGGUACCACGGCAUCACCAGGGAGCCUUGCUGGAACCUUUGGUGCAGCGGCUCGUGCUGGCGACGUUUUUUCUCCCUUCGUUGUUUUCUUAUGAAAGUGUGUUAAGUGCGACGUUUUGACUCCUCUGCGCUGCUGAGUCGCUCCGUUAAGACAAUAUUGAUAGCAGCACUCUCCCCAGGAAGGAGAGACCUGUCUGCCUUCUGAAUGGUGAACCUGGACGGCAAGAUCCUGUUGGAAAGGUAAGCCGGAUGCUUUGGAAACUGUGAGCCAUCCAGAGCGAGAAGAUGUCCCAGCCCAUGCGGAGGCAGAAGAGAAGAACAGCUAACAGCCGUUAAGGAGGACACUUUGGUAAGUGUUCCUGGCAGUGGUAUCCUGGAGAUCCCCACUGCACUUAACACUUUGAAACUACUGAGAGAUGUGCUCUGCAUUUUAUUUAUUAUUGUGAUAUUUCUAUCAUUAGUAACGCCAGAAGUUGCGUUGACAUUGCUCACUUUUUAAUAAAGGGAAUCAUCAAAGUGAGUGAAUAUUUCAAAUGAGAUUCCAGUCGUCUUUAAAUGUAAUGCUACUUGUUUUAAAUGUUUCUGUCUGCCAUUGUGUCCUCUGUCACAUUUUUUUAUUGCCUAUGUGGAAAACCAUGGAACUUAUUGUAGCACAUAAAAUUGUCCGGUGCGUAACUCAAGCCCUCUUCCAUUCUACGUGCUUAGUUGUUCUUAGUUCGGUACGCAGUAGGAAAGGUCAUUUACAUAUAAUUACUUCUUUUUCAUUGACACUUAAAAUUGCCUGACUCUGCUGUUUCUUUGCAAUGAAAGCAUUGACUUUCUUGACCAAUAUCAAAUAAGCAAACAUUAAAAUCCUACAGUUACCUGUGUUAAAUAUGAUGAAAGAGAUUUGAGUAUGAGACUAAAUUAAAAUUGCUGUAGCCAGUCUUGCCUGAAACCGCCGUGGCUCGGUGCAGAAGUUUAGUUAAGAAGAAUUCAGCUUGGACACCGAAUUGUUGAUUUCUUAUUUUCAAAGUAGCUGGCUACCUUUGCUUUAGGUGAGCAUUUGCACUAUAAGCUUAAUUACUAUGUAUGGUGUAGUGGUGGUGAUGAUCUUCUAAAUAAUUUUAAAUUCCAGCUUCCAUAGUGUGUGUGGGAAGAACUGCAGAUUUCUAUGUAUUAUUUCCUUCAUACAGCUGCCUUCAUUUCAGUCAGGUUGUUACCAUUUUAUCUCCUCCUUUUCCUAGCAUGUUUUAAAAAUGCUGACUUUCAGAAAAAAGAAGGGCUGAAGGGAGUUGAGUUGGCACAAGAGAGUCCACAGGCUCUGGACUGCUAAUGAUCAAAUUUGUGCUAGGAAAGGAGCUGUUUUUACGUGCUGCUGUUCCUGAUGAAUAUUGUUGCCCGUCCUUCCUGCUCCAACCUCUGCUUCCUUGGAUAAUUUUCAUCCUUCACCUUACCAGGAAUGACACUGCUCAACAGUUGGUUCCGUAGGACGUUGCGCUUGUGACUGUGAGCCUGAGUCGUCCUGACCCACAGGAGGGAUGCCAGGAGGAAGACCGACAAGUGGUUAAAGCCUCAGCCUGGGAUGUGAGAAAAACAUUUCCCAUAUGAUUGCACGUUCACCCAGUGACUUUUGCAAGUGCUGCAAAAUCUUGAUGGUUUGGGGAACUGUAGGCUGUUUUGGAGGGACCUGGGCAGGAGGGCAAUUGGGCUGUGCAGAGCAGAUACCUGUCUGCACCAGAGAAGAGAGGAAUACAGUUUAGAGGAUCGAUGUAUUAAAGAUCGAGGCACUGACUGGGUGGUAGAUACCCAGCUAUGUAAAGAGGGAGACCAGCUCCGUCAGAAGCAAGUGGGAGUCUUUUUGCUGGCUACACAGUAGGACAGGAAAGCCAAGGGAAGACCUGAUGGCUCUCUACAACUCCCUGAAAGGAGGGUGUAGCCAGGUGGGGGUCGGUCUCGUCUCCCAAGUAACAAGCGAUAGGACAAGAAGAAACGGCCUCAAGUUGCACCAGGGGAGGUUUAGAUUGGAGAUAAGGAAAAAUGUCUUCCCCCAAAGGGUUGUCAGUCCCUGGAACAGGCUGCCCGGGGAAGUGGUGGAGUCCCCAGCCCUGGGGGGAUUUAACAGACGUGUCCAUGUGGUGCUUGGGGACAUGGGUUAGUGGUGGGCUUGGCACUGCUGGGGUAACGGCUGGACUGAUGGUCUUAAAGGUCUUUUCUAACCUAAAUGAUUCUGUGAUUAAGUCUGAGCGAGUUGUUCCCUGUGUGUGGUGCUGAGGUCUUUGGGCCGUGGUCUGUAACAACGACAGGAUGUGGCAAACCCCAGAAGUACGAAACACCUUUGUUUCCUGCAGAGAGUACUGUGCAGACCCCAGCAGGUCUGAUGCUGAGCCCCAGGAGUGUGGCGCAGGGGCUGCAAGGAUGUACGCUUGUGUUUAUUCUCAAGCUUGAACAGACCUGAUGUCUACAGGUCUGUCCUUACAAAUCCAGCGGAUAAGGCAAGGAGUGCUCCUGGGGAAAUGCAUUUCAAGAAUCCUCUGAACAGACCAGCUCAAAUGGCUUGGAGAAAUUGUUUGCUGAUGGAAAAAUAUAACCAGGAGCUGAAACUACUGGCUGGUUUGGAAUAGUUUUCUUCUACACUGCUUUUGCCCUUGAAUUGCCAGUAUUUUUUUGAAGGCUUAAACAAGAUUUUAUUAAAAACAAAACAAAAAAGUACACACAAAAAAAACCCGCCAAGACCCCUCAAUGAAGUACGGUGUUUGCCUGAAACUGCAUUUUCUUCUCUUUCACCAUUUUACUCACAAUAUGGGAAAUGUUGAACAUUUGUGUGAAACUGGUCUCCAGUUUUCUGGCUGGGGUGAUGAGCUGCGGAGGCGAUUAUUGCCUCCCCACCAGCUGCGGAUGUUGGAGGAUAUAGAUAAGCCGCUGCCACUUGACAGUGGUGUUCAUUUAAAGGUGUCUCUGUAAUUGCCCAUUCCAACCUGUGAUGCAUCUGUGUUUUCAUCCCUACAGAGCAGCGAGGCACAGCCGUGCUCUUGGGUCAACCUCUCCCAAGUCUCCCAGAAGUCGGUGCUGAGCCAGGAUCCCUGGGCCCACCACAUCUUCUCCUGCGUCUCGGUCUCCUUGGAGAGCUGCUGCCGCCAUGGGCAUCUGCUCCCCGGGCAGCUGCUCUGGCUGCGGCAAUCGAGGAGGCGGCAGGCACUAGGACCUCUGAGACGCUGCAUCUGCAGCCCUUACCAGAAGAGAAAUCAGGAAAUAACGCAGUUGCUCUUUCUGGGAGCAUGCCCUUGAAAAUAAAGCUUUGCUGCUCCAUAUGAAAGAGAAUUUACUCUCCAGGAAUCUGAGUCUGGGCUUAACCGCGAGCUACCCUGAGACGUCGUUGCCCCCGAGGCCCUGCAUGGACGUUGCUGGGAGGUGGCAGCAGGAGAGGACAGGGAGUCCCUGACGCGCUGACGGCUGAACAUGUCUGGGAAACACUGGUCCCCUGGGACGCAGUGCGUCACCAAGCACGACCACACCAAGCCCAAGGCCCGGGAGCUGGCCUUCCGCAAGGGCGACGUGGUCACCAUCAUCGAGGCCGUGGAGGGCAAGGGCUGGUACCGCGCCAGGCACAACGAGACGGGGCAGGAGGGGCUGCUGGCAGCCAGCGCGCUGCGGGAGCGUGGCGCCAUCCGCGUUGACCCCAAGCUCAGCCUCAUGCCCUGGUUCCACGGGAAGAUCUCGGGGCUGCAGGCGGUCCAGGAGCUGCAGCCCCCCGAGGAUGGGCUGUUCCUGGUACGUGAGUCUGUCCGGCACCCCGGUGACUACGUGCUGUGCGUGAGCUUUGGCAAGGAGGUGAUCCACUACCGCGUGGUGCACGAGGAGCACACGCUCAGCAUCGACAGCCAGCAGUACUUCUCCAACCUCAUCGACAUGAUCGAGCACUACAUGAAGGAGCAGGGAGCCAUCUGCACCAAGCUGGUGAAGCCCAAACCGAAAACCGGGAUGAAGUCAGCUGAGGAGGAGUUGGCCAAAGCCGGCUGGUUGCUGAACCUGCAGCACCUCACACUGGGAGACCGCAUCGGGCAAGGCGAGUUUGGAGAUGUCCUGCAGGGCGAGUACAUGGGGCAGAAGGUGGCUGUGAAGAACAUCAAGUGUGAUGUGACCGCCCAGGCCUUCCUUGCUGAAACCGCUGCCAUGACGAAGGUCCGGCACAAAAACCUGGUGUGUUUGCUCGGCGUGAUCCUGCACAACGGCCUCUACAUCGUCAUGGAGUUCAUGAGCAAGGGCAACCUGGUGAACUUCUUGCGCACGCGGGGCCGGGCGCUCGUCUCGACCCAGCAGCUCCUCCUGUUUGCUCUGGACGUGGCCCAGGGCAUGGACUACCUGGAGUCUAAGAAGCUGGUGCACAGGGACCUGGCUGCCCGCAACAUCCUCAUCUCUGAGGAGAACGUGGCCAAAGUGAGCGAUUUCGGCUUGGCCCGGGUCAAUCCCAAGGGUGCGGACGCCACUUUGCUGCCUGUGAAGUGGACGGCUCCGGAGGCCCUGAAACACAAUAAAUUCUCCUCCAAGUCGGACGUGUGGAGCUAUGGGAUCCUCCUGUGGGAAACCUUCGCCUUCGGCCGAGCGCCCUACCCCAAGCUGAGCCUGAAGGAGGUGACGGAGCUCCUGGAGCAGGGGUACCGCAUGGAGGCCCCCGAGGGCUGCCCACCCGCUGUCUAUACCCUGAUGAGGAGCUGCUGGGAGCUGGAGCCAGGCAAGCGGCCAUCCUUCAAGAAACUCACAGAGAAGCUGCAGAAGGAGCUGAAGCACCUGAGGGAUGUUUAACCCCCGUCCCACUCCCAGGACCCGUGGCUGGAAGCGCCCCAGACCCACUGGGGUUGGGAGCGGUGCAGCAAGGGGUGGCCGGGCAGUGGGGUGGCCCGUGGCUCCACUCUCUCCCCAUGGACAUGGGGCAGCAGCUGCGUGGGGUCUCUCCUCCCCUGGGGCACCCGAAGAGGAUGAAACAGCUUCCCUCCAUCCUGGCAUAGGUCCUUCUUCCCACUGCACGGUCCAGAGAAAGUUCCCAUGCGGUCGAUCUCCCCCGACCCGCUGGGGUGGGGAGAGCAGCCCCCCAGGGGGGCCGUGCCCCACACACAGCGGGUGCCGUAUGCGGGGUCCCUCCGAGCUGCCCCUGCCGGUGACAGGGGACAGGACAUCUUUGCUCACCGGAGGAUGAAACCCCAACCCCGACACAGCCCUGCUCCAGCCACCCGGCCCCACGCGGGGACGCCGGGUGCAGCCAGCUAAACCACACGGAUUUGGGCUUUUUGAUUAAACCAAAGAAAUUAGUUCAACAG